AUGAAGAUCUCUCACAUUGUCACCUUGCUAUGCUCGGCAGCUACUGCCGUCUCAGCCGCCGCCAUCCAAAAGCGACAGACGACACCUGCUGCCCCAGUCGAGCAAUACAAGGCGCCGACAUACGUACGGCCUAAGCACCCUUCAAAGCGCGUCCAAACGGCAUUCGACGUCUUGGAUGGCUUCAAGGAAUGGACUGUUGAGGGCGUCACCCGCUGGAACGGUCCCGGUUUUCAACACCAGGUCCUGCCGCUCUCGCGUGGCGCUGCCGUCAAGGACGCUGCCGCCUGGAAGACGUACUUCAAAAGCAUCGAGCCCCUUUUCCGCGGCUUCACGCCCGUCAUUAACGACCUCUACGAGGACGAGAAGAACAACGCGGUCGUCAUCUGGGCGCGCUCUACUGCCAACACGCCAGUCGGCCUGUACGCCAACGAGUACAUGCUUACGCUGUACAUGACAAAGGACCAGAAGAAGGUGAAGACGUUCCUGGAGUUUGUUGAUAUUGGUGUUAGCCGCGACUUCUUUCCCAAGUUAAACGCUUGGGUUGCGGCGAACCCAAGCUUAAAGUGGCCUAAUAGCUUAUCUAGGAAGAUAGGGUUAGAGUUAGGCAGAUUCAUCGACCAUGAUAUCCUUGCGAGUUACGCUGAUGAAGCACCAAUAAGACAAGCUGAAGGACUACUUCUACGUUCCAACGGGAAUAAUGCAAGAGCAAGCGCAAGAUAUUUGGCGUCGCGUAAUGCUGGCUCUGGAGAGAGUAGACUAUUUGCAUCGCGCGCUUUGCAACUAGCCCCCUUCUUUUUGGGUGGCAAUGGUGACAUUCCGCAACGAUGGCAUGCUGCUUCUGCAUGGCGCAUUAAGAGAAGAGUUCAACACACCAAAUCUGUUUUAAACGUCUGCGAUCGUGGAUACGUUGGAUUUGAAAGAGUCCUUUCUACGUUCGGCCCGCUGCUUACAUCAAAAGCCGUCAGCCUACACGCGACACUUCUUAUGCUCUUUUUGAACGCUGUCGGUGAAGUGCAUGAGCAGCAUGAUUGCCGAGAGUCUCGACGUCUCAUGCAGCAAUUUAUCCCCCAUACGCCUCCGUUGAUCUCAGCAGCGAGCCAAAGAGAUAGCACGCGGAAGCGUGUUCUGUCUGCCACCCCCUCAAGCCUUGGUCUUCGCAUCAGUGCCAACGUUCCUGUUCCUCGAGAUUCUCACAUCCAGCCCGACGAGGAUGAAGAUGGUGCUACUCGUCCGCUGUCCCCUCUCGCACAGCUCCCAGAAGACGACGUCGAGGCUGCUAGAGUCAUCAGCCAACUUAAGGAAAGCGACAAACAACACACAACAGAUCGUGAUGCGUACGAGGGGCGUAUUCAACAAAAGAUGAGCGAAACAGAUACAAGGACCGCAGAGAUUCUGCUAGAGAUGCAAUCUAGUAUUCUGCAGUCACAUGUAAGCGCAUAUAAAACUCCAGAGCAGUUAGGGAACGUACAAAGAUUAGCAAACUUAGACACUCUGUUAUUUGAGAGAACGCGGCCCGCCAUUGAAGUAUCCGCAUAA